CAUCUUCCUACCUCCGUGUAAACCAUCACAAAGCGAAGAGACAGAGAAGGAGGAGAAAAAAGGCAGAGAGGGAAAGGGAGAGGGAGAGAGAGAGAGAGAGAGAGAGAGAACCCAAACAGAAAAUUAACCCAAAUUUCGAGGCUAAACCCUAAGCGUGUUUAGCUUCCCUCUCUUUCGUUUCUCUGUUUUUCCUUUUGCACCCCAUUGCUCUUUUAAACCUUUCAACUUCUCGGCUUUCGCUUUGAGAGAUCACAAGGGAUUUUUUUUCUCUCACACUUUCUCGAGAAAAUUUUCUUCGGAUUUCAUUAUAUAAUUUUUUCAGGAGUCAAGCAAACAUGGUAUUCUGGAUUUUUGGAUAUGGUUCACUUAUAUGGAACCCUGGAUUUGAAUACGAUGAGAAAAUAAUAGGCUACAUCAAGGAUUACAGGCGUGUAUUUGAUCUUGCCUGCAUUGAUCACCAAGGCACACCCGAACAUCCUGCCCGAACUUGCACGGUGGAGCAAAAAGAAGGAGCUGUUUGCUGGGGUGCCGUUUUUUGUGUUCGAGGAGGCCCUGAAAAGGAAAAGAAAGCAAUGGAGUAUUUGGAACGAAGAGAAUGUGAAUAUGAUUCAAAGACUCUUGUAGACUUUUACAAGGAAGGGGACUCCUCCUUGCAGCCUGCUGUAACAGGAGUCAUUAUUUUCACAUCCACUCCAGACAAGGUAUCCAACAAAUACUACCUGGGGCCUGCUCCGUUAGAGGAUAUGGCCAGGCAAAUUGCCACUGCGUUUGGACCCAAUGGAAAUAAUAGAGAUUAUCUUUUCCGCCUAGAGAAAACCAUGUUUGAUAUAGGCCAUGAGGAUGACUAUGUGAUCGAGCUUGCAAAUGAAGUGAGAAAGGUACUCGGAAUUCCAGGGAAAGGAAUUUUGAUGGAGAAGUUGGUUGGGGUUGGGGCACCUCAUAUCCCACACGAAGCCCAUAUUCCAUCCCUUCAACUGCACCCACUUCCAGAAGCUAUUGCCAUGGACUCAUAACUUAAGAAAGCAAACAAUCAAACGGAAUGGAUAUCACGGAGCCGGACCUUGAGCCAGAGCCUGAGUCUGCUAACCCUCGUUUCUUCCUUGUGUUACUCCCGCUGGUUUAUCCAAGAAGAUGGCACUUUUCCUAAGUUUUUUUAUUAUAUUUUAAUUUUUUCCCCUUUUUGGAGUUACAUCUAUCUAUGUUGCCCCUUUAACAGUGCUCCCUUUUCUAACCUUCUGAGUAGUUUAGAAUUGAGUGCUGCAAACGGCUUGUCCUGGAACUGUUAAGGAAUAACUAACAAACAUCUUUGUUUUUUAAUACCUUUUUUGUUUCGAUGUUUUAGGAUGUCAUUUUAUUUGGGCUCAACUAGCGUUGUUAUAGCUGCUUGAUGGCUAAUUUUACUUUUAAUGAAAAAAAUUGAUGUCGUUACUUUAUUUUAAA